CUGGGCGGCCAUUUUGUGGCGGUUGGCGGCUGGCUGAGGGGACAGGGCCCCCGGUGAGGGCAGGGCCGGGCUCGCAGCGGGCGGGGCCGGGGCCCUGGGCGGCCUCCCUCCCUCCCUCCCUCCCCGCGACAUGUCCUCCUUCUCGGAGUGGGCGCUGGAGCGGAAGCUGUCGGAGCUGAGCAACUCGCAGCAGAGCGUCCAGACGCUGAGCCUCUGGCUCAUCCACCACCGCAAGCACGCCGGGCCCAUCGUCACCGUCUGGCACCGCGAGCUCCGUAAGGCAAAAUCAAGUAGGAAACUUACUUUCCUAUACCUGGCGAAUGAUGUCAUCCAGAACAGUAAACGGAAAGGACCGGAGUUCACAAGGGAAUUUGAAACUGUUCUCGUGGAUGCUUUUUCACACGUUGCCAGAGAGGCAGACGAGGGCUGCAAAAAGCCCUUGGAGCGACUGCUGAACAUCUGGCAAGAAAGGAGCGUGUAUGGCAGCGAAUUCAUACAGCAGCUGAAACUGUCCAUGGAGGACUCCAAUAGCCCCCAACCAAAAGUUACAGAGGAGAAGAAGUCCUUGAAGCGGACGUUUCAGCAGAUACAAGAGGAGGAAGAUGACGAUUACCCAGGGAGCUACUCUCCGCAGGAUGCCAACGCCGGGCCCCUUCUGACUGAGGACUUGAUCAAAGCCCUGCAGGAUCUGGAAAACGCAGCAUCAGGAGAUGCCACGGUGCGGCAGAAGAUUGCCUCACUUCCCCAAGAGGUUCAGGAUGUGUCCCUGUUGGAGAAGAUUACAGACAAAGAGGCGGCGGAGCGCCUGUCGAAGACUGUGGACGAGGCGUGUUUGCUGUUGGCGGAGUACAACGGGCGGCUGGCGGCCGAGCUGGAGGACCGGCGCCAGCUGGCACGCAUGUUGAUCGAGUACACGCAGAACCAGAAGGACGUGCUGACGGAGAAGGAGAAGAAGCUGGAAGAGUACAAGCAGAAGCUGGCUCGGGUCACGCAGGUCCGCAAGGAGCUCAAGUCCCACAUCCAGAGCCUGCCCGACCUUUCGCUCUUGCCCAACGUGACAGGAGGGUUGGCACCACUGCCGUCCGCCGGGGACCUGUUCUCGACUGACUAAGGCCCCUCGCGGGGGGUCCGCGUUCCCACCCCUUCCCACCCCUCCUUCCAGCAGAACUACUCGGGACGACUGGAGAUCCUCCUCCUUCCCCGCUCUCCGGCACAGGAAGGAACAGACAGAGGCCCUCCUCCGACCCUCUCCGCGGCGCGUGCCGCCCCUCAUGUUGACGGGGCGGGGGCGGCUACCGGUUCUUCGGAAGAAGGCCACCUCUCUCGCAUUUGGCACACAAAAAGGAUCACAUUCACACGGGGCUCCCCUUAGUACAUCCAGUUUCUACGGCAGACCCUGUGAAUCAUGUGUGUGUGUCUCUCGCGCGCGCUCUCUCUCUCUGCUUCUACUUUUUUCAGCAAAAAGAAUGUUAAUUUCUGCUUUGCCCCCCACCCCGGUAUAAAAAAGAACCGGGUGGUUUUCUAAAUCGGUUUUGUGUUGUGUCAGCCUUGAUUUCGGGUGGGGGGGGGGCUCACCAGUUGUAUCCCUUUUAGGGAAGGGGCGGGACUUCCGCUUCACGGAUGACCCCGGCUGGGUGUGGCUUGUGUCCCUUUGCGGCGUGCAGGGCCACAAGCAACCAAAACACGUCCCCGUGACCGUGAGGCGAGUGCGCGUUCCCCCUUGCCAUGCUGCACAUGGGCCCGCGCUCCUCCAUGGGCGGUCUCGCUCAGGUUCCCCUUUUGUCUGGGUUUGGGCCCCAGUCGUCUCCCCUCACCCUCUCAAUCUGCCGCGGCCGUGCGUCCGAGCGCGGAAGCAGCCCCGGCUCUGAAAUAGCCUAAAUUUAAUCUGUAGACUUUAGCAGGAGGCCAGUUGUUUGUUGCCACGAUCCUCAAGAGAGUCGUGGGUCCAGCCCCACUGGAAUGCGCAAGAGGGUGCGGAGGAGUUUUCCAGCCGGUUAAUGCCCGUGGUUGAUUGGCGUCGAUCCGUCUGGGUUCACAGCGGCUGUUUCUCUCCCUUGACCAACCCGUAGCAAUAUCCGUGCACCUGUCAUUUGUAUGUUAUGUUCACGGAGGCUGGUCGUGCUCUAUCUGGGGAUUUCCCCUCCUGAAGUAAGGGACAAGUUGCCAUCGGGCUGCCCACUGCCAGAGACGUCCCAGCACCCUCUGGCUUGAGAGGAGGGAGUUGACCUUCCCCAGGCACGGAUGGGAUCCGAUGGGCUUUUCCUUCGUCGUGCCCACAAGCGCCCGGCCGUCUGUGUCAAGUUUUGCCAAAUGCCGCUGGGACAAAUGUGUUCCUUCCCCAAGGCACAGUGCAUCCAGUCUUUUGAGUUUUAAACUGAAAAUUUCCUUCCCUGUUGAGGCCACAAGACGCAUGUCUCCUCUGAAGAAAGUCCGCCCAGGUUGGUUUCAGAGACACGGCACCACUGUGUUGUCCAGGGGCUUUCGUGAAGCCACCUUUCUAUCCGGGGGGCUCUGAAAAUGAGCCUCCAGUCUGCGGUGGUCUCCCCAUGAAAAGCGGCUUUUUGUGACUCUGUCUCAUUUCUAGACGAACAGGAAGUUUAGGGUAAACACACGGGUCCGGGCAUCCCAAGUGGGAUUGUUUGAGUGACUUUUGCUGUGAGUACAAUAUUCGGAGUUUGAAGAAAUAGCAAUGGCUUCUGGGUUUCUCCCCCCCCCCCUCCCCUGCAAAAUGUUUUUAUGCUUUAUUUUAACAUAACUGAAACCUUGCAAAUUUAAUUUGAUUCACCUGGUCAGGGAGGGUGUGUCGGGCACUCGGGGGGGGGGGGUUGUCUCAAGAUCAAAGCGUUUUCGUAAAAUCUAUAUGUGAAUUGAUUUAGAGACAAACUUAGCGGUAUAGGCUGCCAUUUAAGCAGCAGUAUAUUCUGAAAUGUCUGAUAAAUAUAUUUUUGAAUAAAGAGGGUGUCGUUCAGCGGGUGUGCGGCCCUUUUAU